AUGGCAACACAACGAAAUGAAUUUCAAGUUGAGGAAAUUCUUCGUCGAAACCCUGCUUAUCAAAUUGUUGAAGCUAAAUAUCAAUACCAAGAACGUAACAGUAACGGUAAAGAACGUGUUUAUGGUGUAAAAGUAUCACGACAAGCUUAUGAAGAAUUAGCAGCCACAAUCUCAAAACCAACAUUGCCAUUUGAUAAAUUUGUCAAAGUAUUAAGACCACUUAUGAUGGGUACACAUGCAGCUGCUUAUAUACCUGGAGCAUUUAAUCUUUUAGAUAGUGAUAAUACAGGUACAAUUGAUAUUAGUGAAAUCGCUGCUUUUAUGCCUGUUAUUGUACCUGGUGCAAGUCCACACAUGCUCCUUCGCAUCAUUCAAAAAGUUGAUCAAAAUCGUGAUUAUAAACUGAAUUUAAAUGAAUUUACUAACCUCAUCAAAAGAGGCAUUGGACGAGAAAUUGCAAUUGGACGCAUGUAA